UUUAGGCGCGGGAUAUUUAACGAACAUCCAUUUGUUUAACACAUUUUAUAUGCCUAUAUGGUUAAUGGAAGUAGACGUAGUAAAUAGGCUUUGUGAUCAACUGCGAAUGUCUCUCAAUAGAAACAUUUCCUUUAGGCGCGGGAUAUUUAACGAACAUCGAUUUGUUUAACACAUAUUAUAUGCCUAUAUGGAUAAAGGAAGUAGACGUAGUAAAUAGGCUUUGUGAUUAAAAUUUAUGAAGACACCAUAGUUUCCUACUAGAAAUGUAUUUAAAAAUACUGAGAUAUUAACUGAAACGUGCUGCAAAAGUAAAUGAAAGACGCACAGCUCGUUCAAGUUGUAGACAGAAAAUGGAUGGUUAUGAAGUGUUGGGAUUGAUAGGUGAAGGAUCAUUUGGAAGAGUUUUUAAAGCAAAAAUUAGAAAUAAAAAUGAAGUAGUGGCGUUGAAAGUCAUAAGAAAGCGGGGUAGACCAGAAAAGGAAUUAAGAAGUCUGAGGCAAGAAUGUGAGAUUCAGCGGCAUCUUAACCAUCCGAAUAUAAUUCGGAUGCUGGAUUCGUUUGAAACCGAAGACGAGAUUGUUGUAGUAACAGAAUAUGCGGACAAGGAGUUAUCUGAAAUCCUGAGUAAAGAAGGAUACUUGCCUGAGGACCGAGCAAGAAAUAUUGCCUGUGAUUUAGUCUCAGCCCUUUACUAUCUUCAUUCUCAUAGGGUGCUACACAGGGAUCUGAAGCCACAAAACAUCCUGAUUGAAGGGAAUGGUACCGCAAAAUUGUGUGACUUCGGAUUUGCAAGAAGUAUGAGUGCCGGAACACAUGUGCUUACCUCCAUUAAAGGAACGCCCCUUUACAUGGCACCAGAACUCAUUGAGGAAAGUCCAUAUGACCAUAAUGCUGAUCUUUGGUCAUUGGGAUGCAUUGUGUACGAGCUGGUUGCUGGUGCCCCACCCUUUUGUACAACAUCCAUAUUACACUUGAUUCGUCUUAUUCGAUAUGAAGCUGUGUGUUGGCCAGGCUUUGUAACUCCUGACUGUCAAAGUUUCCUGCAGGGGCUAUUAGAAAAAGAUCCAAACAAGAGACUAACAUGGCCGCAGUUGCUGUAUCAUCCAUUUGUCAAAGAUGGUGUUCAUAUAAAAAAUAAAGAAGAUAUGACUGCUCCACUCACAGAUCCUCUGACAGAAUCACAAGAAGCUGCUAAAGAAAUACAAAGAAUGGACCUUGCAACUCGUGGGACUGGUCAUUCAGAGUUAAUGUCAAGGAUGCUGCAGAAAGCAGGAGAAGAUGAUUGCCAGAUGACUACUACAUCUCUGCUGGCAGAAGUUGGUGGAGUGAAAAAUACAAAACUGUGUAAUCGUAGCUACAUAGCUGCAAAUAAUAAACAUGGACCUAGUCACGUCAGAAAUCUGAGUGACCCAGGUGUUCCCAUGUUAUAUGGUGCUGCUUGCAUUGAAGAACAGAUGUGUGCCACUCUUACUAACUGGUUAGGGAAAGUGAGUAUCACUCAAGUUGAAGAUAAAACAACAAAGGAGACUCCUUUCCACAAUGUUUUGGACUGUAAAGAGGCUAAUGAAUGUUUUGAAGCAAAUUCUGAUUUCAAAGCCAUAUACACAGGUAACGGAAAAAGAGAGAGCAGCUCAGUUCCUGACAAAAGCAGAACAACAUCAGUUUUUACUCUCCAUGAGGAACGUGUCCCUAUAGAGAAUGAGGAAUGGCUAGUUUUCUUGCAGCACAGCAUGGAAGAAGUCAUGGAUGGUGAUCUGGAGUCACUCUUACUUGAAAGCUUUCUUGGUAUGGUUAUGGCACCACUGCGGAAUCCUCUAGCAAGCUGCCGUGUUGUGGAAUAUGUAGCAUGUCUCUUGAGUCUUCCAUUUUCCCUGGAUGAGAUAGGUGAUGAUGAAAUAGAUACGCUAGAACAGAUUUAUGCAGAUGUUCGUGUCAUACCUAAUUUUGUGCUUGCUUCAGUACUCUUAGCAAGACACCGGCGUUCUGAAACUGUUGACUGCGCAGAUGAGAUUCUGGAACUAAGUGCUGAUGAACUCCAGGCCUUGGAAGUUGUCAUGACGCUGCUUUGUCGCUUGGCAUAUGCAGGCAAAACUGAGUUGGAAUCACAGCUGUGUGAUGCGAUUGCCUUAUUGGGUGCAGUACCAUUGCUACAGCAUCUACUGCAACUAAGUCGCCGAAAGGUACGACUUGUUGCUGACCUCAUUGCUAUACUUGUUCGACUUCUUGCACAACUUCCCCUACAUGCACCUGCUGUUGUUGCUGAUGUACUACAUGGUGUCAACCUAUCAAGCCUGCUAACACACAACAGUCCGACCAUUCGCUGUCACUCUUGCCUCUUGAUACAACUUCUUGGCAAUCAUGACCCUAACACAUUACAGCGUCAGUGGAAUCAAGGUCUUCGUUGUGCUUUGGAACAACUGGUUUCUGAUGCUGAUGAAACUGUCAGCCAGGCUGCAAAAGCUACUACACAUGAACUACAGAAGCUGUCAUUCUGCACUUCCUGAGAUGGUAUAUGAGAGUACUUUUUUACCUGCCUGUAAUCUAGUCCUGUUAAAUCAGCUAUCUACUCUAAUGAUUACAUUAAGGGUACCUAUAUUGCACUGUCCUUUGAAAAUAAACUGAGUGAGGUGAUGUAGCUAUUAACACCCUGGAUGUCAAUUCAACAUGAUGGCACUUCAAAUCCUCAACUGACUGUCUGGAUUGUGGUUUUCUGUUGUUUCUCUAAAUUACUUAAAUGCCAUGAGGGAUCCUUUGAAACAGACACAGCCAAUUUCCUUCCCUGUAUUAUCGUAAUCUGAAUUUGUGCCCUGAUUCUGAUGACCUCAUCAUUAAUGGCCUGUACAAACCUAAUCUUUCAUUUUUUCCUUUCAAACAACUGUGGUCAUUUCAAAGAAAUGACUUGUGUAU